GCAGCUGGGGAGUCUGAGCCCCGGCCCCGGCCCCAGGCCAGCCCCAGCGGAUCCGGGCCAGCCCCAGCGGAUCCGUCGCGCGGACCGGUCCAGCCUCGGCUCCAGCGCCCGCGCCGUGCCCUGCAUCCCCGGAGUCUGGCUCAAUCCACGGCGGCGCGGCAGGGCCCCCUGGAGCCGCCCACGUACCCACUCAGCCCUCCGCUGCCUCGUCUCCGCCUCCCCUCCCGGGACAGCGGCCACCAUGUUCUCGGGCGUGAAGCCCUAUGAGAACCAGAACUACUCGGCCCUGAAGCGGGCCUGUCUGCGCAGGAAGGUGCUCUUCGAGGACCCCAACUUCCCAGCCACCGACGACUCGCUGUACUAUCAGGGUGCCCCCGGGCCCGCCGUCAGGUGGAAGCGGCCCAAGGACAUCUGCGAGGACCCCCGCCUCUUUGUGGACGGCAUCAGCUCCCACGACCUGCACCAGGGCCAGGUGGGCAACUGCUGGUUUGUGGCGGCCUGCUCGUCUCUGGCCUCCCGUGAGGCGCUGUGGCAGAAGGUCAUCCCGGACUGGAAGGAGCAGGAGUGGGACCCCAAGAAGCCUGACGCUUAUGCGGGCAUCUUCCACUUCCACUUCUGGCGCUUUGGGGAGUGGGUGGACGUGGUCAUCGAUGACCGGCUGCCCACGGUCAACAACCAGCUCAUCUACUGCCACUCCAGCUCCCGCAAUGAGUUCUGGUGUGCCCUGGUGGAGAAGGCCUAUGCCAAGCUGGCGGGCUGUUACCAGGCCCUCGAUGGAGGCAACACAGCAGAUGCACUGGUGGACUUCACAGGUGGCGUUUCCGAGCCCAUCGACCUGACAGAGGGGGGCUUCGCCCAUGAUGAGGCCAAGAGGAACGAGCUCUUUGAGCGUGUGUUGAAGGUGCACAGCCGAGGAGGCCUCAUCAGCGCCUCCAUCAAGGCAGUGACAGCGGAGGACAUGGAGGCCCGCCUGGCAUGCGGCCUGGUGAAGGGCCACGCAUACGCCAUCACCGAUGUGCGCAAGGUGCGCCUGGGCCACGGCCUGCUGACCUUGUUCAAGUCGGAGAAGCUGGACAUGAUCCGCCUGCGCAACCCCUGGGGCGAGCGGGAGUGGAAUGGGCCCUGGAGCGACACCUCAGAGGAGUGGCAGCAAGUCAGCAAGAGUGAGCGGGAGAAGAUGGGCAUGACAGUGCAGGACGACGGCGAGUUCUGGAUGACCUUCAAGGACCUGUGCCAAUACUUCACCGACAUCAUCAAGUGUCGCCUGAUCAACACAUCUUACCUGAGCAUCCACAAGACGUGGGAGGAGGCCCGGCUGCACGGCGCCUGGACGCGCCACGAGGACCCGCAUCAGAACCGCAGUGGGGGCUGCAUCAACCACAAGGACACCUUCUUCCAGAACCCGCAGUACAUCUUUGACGUCAAGAAGCCAGAAGAUGAAGUGUUGAUCUGCAUCCAGCAGCGGCCGAAACAGUCCACCCGCCGGGGCGGCAAGGGUGAAAAUCUGGCCAUUGGCUUUGACAUCUACCAGGUGGAGGAGAACCGCCAGUACCGCAUGCACAGCCUGCAGCACAGGGCCGCCAGCUCCAUCUACAUCAACUCGCGCAGCGUCUUCCUGCGGACAGAGCAGCCCGAGGGCCGCUACGUCAUCAUCCCCACCACCUUUGAGCCAGGCCACACCGGCGAGUUCCUGCUCCGAAUCUUCACUGAUGUGCCCUCCAGCUGCCGGGAGCUGCGCCUGGACGAGCCUCCCCGCUCCUGCUGGAGCUCCCUGUGCGGCUACCCCCAGCAGGUGACCCAGGUGCACGUCCUGGCGGCUGCUGGUCUCAAGGAGUCCCCGUCAGAGCCAAACUCUUAUGUGAUCAUCAAGUGUGAGGGGGACAAAGUCCGCUCGGCUGUGCAGAAAGGCACCUCGAAGCCCGAGUACAAUGUGAAAGGCAUCUUCUAUCGCAAGAAGCCGGGCCAGUCCAUCACCAUCCAGAUCUGGAACCACCGAGUCCUGAAGGACGAGUUCCUGGGCCAGGUGUGCCUGAAGGCUGACCCGGACGACCUCCAGGCCCUGCACACCCUCCGCCUCCAGGACCGCAGCAACGGGCAGUCCAGUGACCUGCCAGGCACAAUUGCUGUGCGCGUACUGAGCAGUGCCUCCCUUAGGGCUAUCUGACUCCUGCCCGCCUACCUGGCCCCCACAGCUCUCACCACCACCUGCAUGUCCCCAACCAGGCCAGGGACUAGCCUGGGAGCCAGGACACUGGGGUCCUUUUCCCAACUUUUCCACUGUCUUGCUGUGUGACCUGGGGAGGUCUCUGUCCCUCUCUGGGCCUCAGUGUCCCCAAGACCCCAAGGCAUCCCCUUCUUAUGGAGGAGUCUUCUUCCCUGAGAUUCAAAAUAGCCCUCCUUACCCCACCUGUCACCACCACUAAGGGACUCUUAUCCGUUGAAAACAUUUUCCCAAGGCCCUGCUGUCUGCCGACGGAGUGCCAAGAAGAUGUCACUUGUUUACACACCAACUGCCAAGUCCCCCAGCCCCACUCUUGCCCCUCGUGUCCUGGGCCUGCUCCCAUGUCCCAGACCUUGCUUUCUCUGUCACCUACACCUGGUUUUCCAACCACCUUGAAAGGACUCUUGGCUCUUGCUGGGUUCCUGCUCAGGCUGGAAUCUGGGAGAUAGACAGGUGACAUCCGUUCAUUCUCUCAUCCCAUCCAUUUAUUUAUUCAGCAGAGAUUUGCCAAAUGAGUAAAUGAUGCCUGUGAGCCCCUAGCAGGAGCUGGGCCCCCCCAACCCCCACAGCCCCUGGAGAUCCGGGCUCCGUCCUGGGCCUCGCCUCUGCUCUCAGGUCCUCUCAAAGGCAGGUGCCCAGGUGCCAGGAGGGGCUGCGGCUACCCUCUCAUUCCAGGCUCUGGUUGCCUCCCAGCCCCUGGGGUAAGGUCCCUGGAGAGGUGGUGACAGUGUGGAGAAGGGCCUCUUCCUGCCUCCACUGCCCUGAGGCCAGAAGGAGUGGGUGAGGGGGUUGGGGGGGGGCGGCAUGGGGACCCCCUUCUACUGCGAGACCCAUUGGGCUUGGUGAGAGAUGGGUAAAUCCAUCGCCUGACCAGAGGCCCCUCCACCAACAUUCCCCCCAAGAUGCAGCCAGAGAGGCCACAGGCCUCUUGCUGCCAGGACCAAAAUGUUACUUUUAGUCCUCAACGUUUUAUAUUCUUUCUGUUUUAAAACUCAAUUUUAACCAGGGGUUUUUAAGGCAGGCUGAAAGUCUGAGCCCUUUUUCCUCCUUAAACUCCAACUCCUGUGGUCUCUGCUUUUAUUGCGACUCCACUGGGGGAGGGAUGAGGGGAUGUCCCAGCGUCUCAGAGGCAGCCUGGAGGCGGGGGAGGAAGAGGGCGUUUUGUAGUGAGUGUUUUGUAAGCUGGCCCCAGUCGCGUUCUUGGCUAGUGCUGGCGCCAUGACCCGCAUAGGGUCUCUUCCGCGCCCUCUCCAGGCGACAUGAGGAAGCACAGCUGGUUCAAGAAUGGGAAUGCCUGUGGCCCUCUGGGAAUCCUUAUGGGAAGCUGAAUUUUGGCUCCAGAUCUGGCCCGUUGGUCCAGUGUCUGGCUGGAGGUUCUGGAUUCUGGACUUUGCCUCCUCGCUCCAUGGCCACUUCUGCUCCUGUGUCCUGGCCUUGGGCCACAUGAGAGGCCGGGAACUGAACGACAAGGAGGACAAGAGGAUUCCUUCCGAAAGCCGGGACUUCCCCUCGAGAACCGGUGCCUGGGGCCAGGACUCUGCGCAUGACCAGGAGCAAGUCACUUAAACCUCCUGUGCCUCGAUUUCCCCCUUCUGCAGAGUGGGGCCGAUUCUUGUUUGUUAGCACUGUCCUAACAAGUGCUGGAUAAGGGCAAAACCACACCCUUUCUCUGUGUAUCUCUGUAUGUGUGCACACUCUAUACACUCAUGUAAUCACCUC